AUGCUUUGGACUAGAAAAUACGCACCAAACGAUCUGAACAACUUUAAAACACACAAUGAGGUUGUAAGCGUAUUUAGAAGCUUCACCAUUGACACUGUUCCGAAUCUUGUCAUCUAUGGAUCAUCAGGAUCGAACAAGAAGACGCUUGUUUAUGCCUUAGCUAGAAAGAUGUAUGGAAAGGAACUGGAACUAAGAAGAGUGAACCAUGAAAUACAAAUAAACAGUACAAAAAUAGAAAUAAGCUACAUGGAAAGUAAUGAAGUGAUUGUGAUAAAUCCAAGUGCAUACAAGAAUAGGGACCGAGUUGUAGUACAACACAUUAUUAAGAAGGCAGCAGAAAGCAGGCCAAUAACAAGCUUCUUCAGUAGUAGAUUGAAGGGACACAGGCUGAUAAUAAUAGAGCAGGCAGAAAAUUUAAGCAAGGAUGCACAAGCUGCACUACGAAUUACAAUGGAACAGUAUAGUUCACAUUUCAAGAUAUUUAUGAUUUGCAGUGGAAUUAAUACAAUAAUUGAACCGAUAAAGAGCAGAAACCUGUUUAUCAGGUGCAGGAAGUUUAAAAAUGAAGAAAUCAAAGAGAUCCUGAAAGAGAUAGCAGAGAAAGAACAGGUUACAAUUGAUGAAGAAAUAGCAUCACAGAUUGCAGAAAAUGCGCAAGGUGACUGCAAAAGAGCUAUUUCAGUACUGGAACUGCAUACAGUAAUCAACCAAAGCAGUGUUGGAAAAAGAAGCAAGUUGGAUUUAACCAAUUUUAAGUUGGCCUGGGAAGAGAAACUGGAGAAAGUUGUGAAAAUGAUACGAGAAGGGAAGGUUGAGAAUUUGGUCAAAAUACGUGAUGAAUUGUAUGAUGUUGUGGUUCAAAACAUUGAUCCAUUGCUGAUUAUGCAAACAAUCCAUCGGUUCCUAGAAAAUCAUUGUAUUAAGGCGAAAAGCGAAUCGAUUGAUUUGCUGUUGAAAUACCAAGAAAGAAUCAAAUUGGGAACAAAGCCACUCUUCCACAUUGAGGCGUAUGUAGCAAACAUGAUGUACGUUAUUAGCAGGAAUUAG